AUGUGGAGACCUUCAGCGAGGAGGACUCAGACGCACUCUUCCAGAGUCUGGUGGGACGCUUACAGCAUUUCCCACGCUCUUUGGGUCGAGACCAUCUUUUCGUUUGGGGGGGGCGGCUUCGGGGUGGAUGGCCCCUUCCGCUCUUGGCGUCGCUACAUCGAAGAUGCGAUAUUCCUUAUGACGGAAACCGAGCUGUGGAAUCCAUACAAACAGAUCACCACGCCCGGAUUUUCCGCCUGGAAGGACGUUUUGAUUCCUGGGAGAAUCUCCUUGGCAGAAGUUCGAUGGGCUAAAUCUGCACCGACUGAGCGACAGUACCUGGCAGAUUUUGUCGGAUGGAACCGACCCUUGCAUAACGCUCAGGGUGGUAUGAGUGCAAGUUCCCCUCGAGUAGCACUCCUUGCGAUGGCUCACGAGCCAGAUCUUCAUAUCCGGCAAGAUGUCCCCUACAUGGAGGCAGCUCGUGGAGCGCUUUCCUCCAAAUUUUGCUUUGUUCCACGGGGCAAGUCUGCCUGGUCGUCGAGGUUUUUCAGAGUUCUUUUUGCUGACUGCGUUCCUGUUUUGCUGAACGACUUCUACGAACCUCCUUUUGGUGAGAUCUUUGAUCCUUCGAGCUUCGUGGUCCGAUGGCCAAUGCAGAGAGUGGGCCAUGAGCUGUUGGAAACUUUGAGGAAAGUGACCCCAGAGGCCUAUGAGAAGAUGCUUGGCCGGGUGCGCAGCCAGCGAUGCUGGUAUGUGUGGAUACCUUCCGUGAUGGACCACGAGCAAAUCGACAUUCAGAAGGGGCUUCCCAUUGGCCAAGCCUUGGGAAGGCUUUCCAUGUACCUGACGAGGUAG